GAUGUCGUUUUUCGGGAUUGGACAGCAGGGCAUUACUUUGAAGGAGUUACUGGAGAACCCUAAACUUCAGACAGCGCCUAAUAUCAAUGAUGGCAGUUACAAGAAAGAUAAAACUGGGAACGCCAUGUUCGACCCAACCUCAGCCUUUCUUGGCCCAAACUUAUGGAACAACAACGCUAUACAGGAUGACAAUUUUCAGUUGGAGUACAUGGACUUAGACGAAUUUCUAUCAGAAAAUGGAAUUCCAGCCGACUUGAAUGACAAUUCAUUUGGUGGAGAACCAGACCAGUCCCAGCAGUCAGCAUCAUUGAUUGGUAGCCAGCCGUCAUCCCCUAUAGCCACAGCAAACCCCAUGAUGAGUGCGCCCAAAUCACCACCUGUUGAACCCACCAAUGCAUUGUUCAGCAGUGAUCCUGAAUCCCCCAAACCAUUGUCAAGUCCAUCAAUUCGAUCACUGCUUACAAUUGAUCACAUUACACCUAAAGAUGACGAAGCAAUUCCCCACUCUCCCACUGGCAGUGUUGGAUCGGCCAGCCCAGUUCAUGUCAAUAUCGAAUUUGACGUGGAUGAAUCUGAUAUCGCUUUGGCGUCCAUACCAGGACAUGAUUUUGAUCCGAAGAAACGUAGAUUUACAACGGAAGAACUAAAGCCACAGCCCAUCAUUAAAAAGUCACGGAAGAUAUUUGUUCCUGAUGAUUGCAAAGAUGACAAGUAUUGGAAUCGUCGCAAGAAGAACAACGUUGCUGCCAAGCGUUCCAGAGAUGCACGUCGUAUCAAAGAAAACCAGAUUGCAAUGAGAGCAUCCUUUUUGGAAAAAGAAAAUGAAACAUUGAAAAAAGAACUUGAAAAAAUGAAGAAAGACAAUAUCAAACUCAGGACAAGCCUUUCCAGAUACGAGAGUUGUGAACUGGACUAACAAGAUUCUAAAAUGGGGGUGGGAAAUGUGGGGUGUAGAUCAAAAUUGUAGAUAUUGUUUAGAAAACUGUUAAUUCUUUUCAGAUGUAUAAGUUAGCAGUUAAAGCUUCAUCUUUAAUCACAUCAGAUUCACCAAUCAGAAGCAGUCUUCUGUUAUGAAACAUGAAAGUGACCAAUCAGAAAUGUCAUUAUAUGGAGGGAAGGGGAGGGGGCUCAAGGUAUAUCAGAAAUGGCAUGGAGUACUCUGUACCCAUGUGGAGAACUUAUGUAAAAGGAGAUCUUAAUUAUUUGUCUAUAGUGAGGUAGUGUUGAAGGAUUAUCCAUAGGAGUACGACAGGAUAAUGAAACCAUGUAUCAUUCAUUUGUACAUAUUCUUAUUAAGUUUGUGUUAUUAUGUCAUUGUAAACAUAUUUUUAUUGAAUGCAUUUGGCAACUAUGAUUCGGUACUGCAUAUCAAAUAUAAAUAUUGGUUUAUUAAAAAAAAUGUCAACAAUUUCAAUUGAUAGUUAUUAUACUUUGAAUUUAUUGUUAGCCUGCUUAGCUGCAAUAAAUGAUGUCUGAUCAGCACUUCUGUACAACUAGCGGGAUAAACUAGACGUUUGUACAAUGAUAUAUUUUGAAUCUAGCACAAAUUUAUGCUUCACUUAUUAAAAGAGUUUUCCAUCUGGUGAGCUGAAAUGUAAAAAUUGUGACAAAUUCCAGAAAGCUAUAAAGACAGUAACAAACUGAGUAUAGAAUUGAACUUUUUUUAUCAGGUGAAAUUUUUCACAGAAAACCUCCUUCACUAUUUCAUAAGUUAUCACUAUUUUUGUCUAUUGUGAAUUCAUAAUGAUCUACAUGUCACGUCAUUGUGUGACGAUCCACUGUUAAAAUAUCAUUGCAGUUGUGAUUGAAAUAUUUCCCUCUGGUAGGCAAAAGUUAGUUUUUGGUUUUUAGUUUGUUAAGAGCAGGUUUAAGAAGGAGUGCUAAUUAGUAAUCCAAUAAUAAUUCAAGCUGAACUGAAGUUCUCUACAUACAAUACAUGGGGGAUAUUAUGCCAGGUUUUUUUCUGCAGUAACAUAUAUUCUACCAAGAUAAAUAAACCUCGGAGCCUUGUAUUAAAUUUGGACCAAAAUACAUAAUUCAUGUUCUUAGCUUUUGUAUGAGAUUUUAGACCAUAUUUACUUUCCCUUUACAGGGAGAAAUAGUGAUACUGGUAAAUGUUCAACUGUGUGGAAAGUUUCUGUGUUCGCAGUACAACACAAUUAUGUGGUUAUUCUGAAAGGUCCAUUUUUACUGCAAGCCCUGUAUUGAGGCUCUGUCUUAGCAUAACACUGUAAAUUAUCAUAGCAAAACAUUAAGCUUCAUCCUUGAAAGUUUUAGGGACUAUUUGUUGAAAUAUUAUGUAUAGAGCAUGAGUUCAUUGUAGCUUUUGCUUGCAGAUGACUAUAUGCAUAGGGCAAAUGAGAGGGAAAUUAUUGAAAUAUGUUUUCCUUUUUUUUUCUUUGUCUUUCUUUUCGUUUUUAUGUAGCUAUAAAACCCAUAUAUCUUUAAAUACAAACUGAUUUCUGUUGGAAAGUUGUACAAUGAGAGAGUGAGUGUUUGAGAAUAUAUUUGUAGUACUAAAUUCCAUGUAAGCCCUUCUCAGUUCUCUCUGUAGACAUGAAUACUGCCAUAAUUAUAUACAACCCCACCUGAAUGUUUACUUACCUCAAAGUAUAUUACUUUACUACAUCAGCAAUGUUAUGGUUUUAUUAGCUCCUGAGACAAAAUCUUAUGUUGGCCUGUUGCAAUCACCUUUUGUCCGAUGUUGUGCAUCAUGCGUUUUGUAGCAUUAUAAACUUUUGAAAAAUUUGACUUUUUCUGGCAAACCAAAAUUCAAGGAAACCUUCCAUGACCAAAAGUGAACAAAAUAUAAAAUAUCAGAAUGUGAAUUAUAUAGUCCCACACCUGAAAUAGAGAGGGGGUGUGGCAUGGCGAAUAGUGAUAGAAUUGACAAAAAUUCAAAAUGUCUUGUCACCAACUUGAUAUGGUCUGAUCAAAUGAUCUUUGUGGAUGGAAGGAUCAAGGUGCUUUACUAAAAUUGUAGAUUUUAUGUCCCCUAGGGUCUCACAUUUCCCUCUGGUUAGAGGGUAAACUUAAUUAUGGUUUAUAUAGGAAAAUGAAAUUUUGAGCAUAAUUCUUAUAAUUUUUAUUAAAGCAUUAACUUAGUUAGAAUUAUUAGUAUAAGAUGACAGCAUGAUGGAAAAUUACAAUUUUGAGCAUAAUUUCUUUUAAUUCAAACAUGGUAAGAAUCCCUAAUAAUUGUGAUGGCAGUAAAUGAUGUACACAGUUACUGUACAAUGUAAUUCAAGUUAUCUUACUGUGUUAAAAAUAUUAUUUCUAUAUGUUGUAAUGACAAACAUAGUGACUUAGGUGACUGUUAAAGCCUUGGAGGCUCUUGUGUGAUAUCACACCAUUCAUAUUACAAAUAUAGCUUUCAUUGAUUGAUGUCACAUCUGUAAGGUUAGGAUAUCUUUUAUUGGUUGAUUUCACAUCAUUUAUGUUACAUGUAGUUUCAUUGGUUGAUAUUACUUUUGUGAUGUUGUGAUAGCUUAUGAUAGCAAUGAUAUCAUAUUCAAUGAUGUAACAAUAAUUUUUGUUGGUUAAUACAAUAUCUGUGAUGUUACAGUAGUUUUCAUUGGGUGAAAACAUAUCUGUGAUGUAAUGAUUACAAGUAUCAUUAUAGAUUUUGUUGGUAUAUCGACUUGUAAUAAACUUUUCCAAAAGUUUUUCUUGUACAACAAAUGUAGAUUUGUGGAUCAACUAUGAAUUUUAUGGUCUAUAUAGAGAAUCAAGAUAUUUCUGUAAGAAACUAAGAAAACAUGACCAAGUCAGCAUCUAAAAGUAAAAUUAAAUUGUGUCUUUGGUGAAUAAGAAAAUAUCACAUUAGAAUUCAUACAUAUACAAAACAUAAUUUUCAGAAGAUUGUGAGAAUGUUAUGGAACUGAAGUCUGUUACAAUGUCGGGUGAUAGAGAAGAUCCUGUAAAACAUAAUAUUGAUUGAUAAUAUGAAAAUGACUUUUGUAUGUUUUCCCAAAAUUGUCUACCAUUCCUUGAAUAUUUUUCACCUUAACACACAGUUUUUAGUUCUUGUGAAAAUGUAUUCCAGUUGUGUCACGGGAGGAGUGGUACAGUGUUGUCACACAGGAGGAGGGGUACAGUGUUGUUACACGGGAGUAGGGGUACAAUGUUGUCACACAGGAGGAGGGGUACAAUGUUGUCACACAGGAGGAGGGGUACAGUGUUGUCACACAAGAGUAGGGUUACAGUGUUGUCACACGGGAGUAGGGGUACAAUGUUGUCACACAGGAGGAGGGGUACAGUGUUGUCACACGAGAGUAGGGGUACAAUGUUGUCACACGAGAGUAGGGGUACAAUGUUGUCACACAGGAGGAGGGGUACAGUGUUGUCACACGGGAGAAAGGGUACAGUAUUGUCAUACGGGAGUAGGGGUACAAUGUUGUCACACGGGAGUAGGGGUACAAUGUUGUCACAGGGGAGUAGGGGUACAGUGUUGUCACACGGGAGUGGGGGUACAAUGUUGUCACACAGGAGGAGGGGUACAGUGUUGUCACACGAGAGUAGGGGUACAAUGUUGUCACACGAGAGUAGGGGUACAAUGUUGUCACACAGGAGGAGGGGUACAAUGUUGUCACACAGGAGGAGGGGUACAGUGUUGUCACACAGGAGAAGGGGUACAGUGUUGUCACACAGGAGUAGGGGUUCAAUGUUGUCACACAGGAGGAGGGGUACAGUAUUGUCACAUAGGAGCAGAGCUCAGUGUUGCUCUGGAGCAGGGGCACUCUUGCUCUUCAGGUGCUGGUAUACUCUUGUCCCCCAGGAAUGAUCCUUUCAUUCAUUUGGAGCACAGGCUCUUGUCCUGGAAGAGCUGGAGCACAUUGACCUUGAGGCAUUCAGACAGAGGGAGAUAUAUUAGAUACAAGUAACCUUUUCACGGCUUAAUGUUUGACUAGUAUUUUAUAUAGGUCACAUGUAUCAUAUUCUUUAAAUGAGUUUGGAUCAGAAAUGCUUUGUUUCAAGAGAAAUGAAGCAUAUUAAGAUGCAGCUAUAUUUGAUAAUGGAACACACAGAUAUAUACCAAUUGUGCCUGCAGGGGCUCUCCAUGAUGGCUAUUUAUACAUACUAAUAUAACAAGCCAGAAUGAAUAAAUCAUGGAUUUUCUAAAUUGAAAAUUUGAAUAGAUUUGUGUGACCCAUUCUGAACAUCCCCCAUUUGAUUUCACUGACUUUCAGUCAUUCAUGUAAUCUUGACCAUCACUCAUUAGAUUUUUUUCCUUGAUGGAAGGGCAUUAGAUUUCAUAUUUAUAAAUGAUCUGGUAUCGAUAUAAUUUGUGAACAUGUUGUUUUCUUGAAAUUCUGUGGUAAUUUUUUUUUGUAUCUGUGUUAGUGGACUUGGGAACACUGUUGUACAUUAGUUUUAUUGAGACAGUAAGAUCUUUAUUAUCCUUAUUUAACCAUCGAAACUGCAAUCAGGAACAGAUACAUUUAUAAUUAACCUGUUGCAUAUCUGGUCCAUCGUAAAUAUAAUUUCCUGAUAAACAUAGUGAAAAAAAAUCUGUUUGAAAAGACAAAUUGUGUAAUGGUCUGUACAUGUUUUACACUAGUACAAAUGUUAAUUGUGGCUACAAAAACAGAGAUCUGGUUACUAUGACACAUGCUUGGAUACCACAACUCCUGUUUGGCUACACAGAAACACAUGUGGUUGGUAAUCCUUUCACACCUCUGACAUCAUCUCCAUCACAUGACACACAUUAGGUUAUCUGUACAGAUCAUGUGACUGGCUCAUUAAAACUUUGGUUAACUGUAUGAAUGGUUGAUUAGUGCACUUCAAUUCUUACCUGUACAUAUAUUUCAUUAGGUUUAGUAGCCACCUUUUAGCUUACAUUGGGUAAGUUUGAUCCCCUACUUGACUACAUGGUCAACUCCUCACUAUCUGGUAACUCGUUGACGUGGUUGAUUACCUGUAUAUAUAUAGCUGUAUGCAUGCAUGGUAUAUGAUUAAAGGGGUUGGGUGAUGGUUGAAUAGUUUUGAGGAGUUAAAACAGAUAUUAGGUCUUUAAAGUUUUAAGUGUUGGUCUAGCUAACAUCAUGGUGUAAAAUUUACAUUGCAAGUAGCUGACAGCAUGGUGUAAAGUUAACAUUGUGAGUAGCUGACAGCAUGGUGUAAAAUUUACAUUGCGAGUAGCUGACAGCAUAGUGUAAAGUUUACAUAGCAAGUAGCUGACAGCAUGGUGUAAAGUUUACAGUGCGAGUAGCUGACAGCAUGGUGUAAAGUUUACAGUGCGAGUAGCUGACAGCAUGGUGUAAAAUUUACAUUGCGAGUAGCUGACAACAUUGUGUAAAGUUUACAUUGCGAGUAGCUGACAGCAUGGUGUAAAGUUUACAGUGCGAGUAGCUGACAGCAUGGUGUAAAGUUUACAGUGCGAGUAGCUGACAGCAUGGUGUAAAAUUUACAUUGCGAGUAGCUGACAACAUUGUGUAAAGUUUACAUUGCGAGUAGCUGACAGCAUGGUGUAAAAUUUACAUUGCGAGUAGCUGACAACAUUGUGUAAAGUUUACAUUGCGAGUAGCUGACAGCAUGGUGUAAAGUUUACAGUGUGAGUAGCUGACAGCAUGGUGUAAAGUUUACAGAGUGUGUAGCUGACAGCAUGGUUCAAAAUUUACAUUGCAAGUAACUGACAGCAUGGUGUAAAGUUUACAUAUCGAGUAGCUGACAGCAUGGUGUAAAGUUUAUAUUGCAAGUAGCUGAGUGUAAUGUAAUGUUUACAUUGCGAGUAGUAGACAUGAUGUAAAUAUGUUAACUAGACAGAAAGCAGAUGCUGUUAUGAAGUGGUUUUCCUGUUACACAUUCUGCUCUGAAUUUUCUGCCCAAAUACAUAUUUCUGAUUUAGAUGAAAUCAACAGACAAGAAAGAUGCUUUCUUUUUACACUAGAUAUUAAUGUGUCAUCUUCAGGCAUUUAGUGAUGUAUAUUUACUAACAUGUUUGGAACUGAUGUUACUUAUUAUUGUAAUAAACCCAUGUUAUAGACACAUGGGGUCAGUGCUGGCAUUCAAAUACGGUUUUUUUAGCUCAUUUCUGGUCCAGUUGGCCAAGUGAGCUGAUGUCAUGGUGCUGCAUCGGUCAUCUGUUUACUUGUUGAUUUUUUUUCCAAAACACCAGGUUCCUUGGAUGAAGUCCAACAUAGUUUGCCAAAACAAAUGACCUACCUUGAACUUUUUUUGACUAAUUAAAAGGCCUUUAAUCAUGAUCUUUCAGUUAUAUGAAGUCAAAGUCUGCUGAAGAAAUGACCUUGAGCCAUGGUCAAGAUCACAAAAUGAUCAAAUCUUCAAGCAUCUUUGCCUGAUUAACUAGAAAGCCAAGAAUCAUGAUGCUUGGUUGAUUUGUACCUAGGAUGAAGUAUGAUACCUUUUGAAUUAUUAAGAAAUGACCUUAACCCGGAUUCAAGGUUGCAAGAGGUCAAAUUUUAGAAAUUUUCAGACAUGUCUGAUUCAUCAAAGGUCUAGAAUUAACUGAUGAACAACAGAGCGAUUCAUGCCCAUUCCUGCAGUUUUCACAAUUAAUAUUUUGGCUCUUAGUUAAAGAUAAACUUUGGUUAAAUACUAAUUACAUUGUACAUCUGUGAUGUGACAUGUUUAUUAUAUAUAUUACAAUGCUGGUACAAAAAAUGAACAUACAGAAUGUAGCUGUUUGAUAUUGUAAAUAAACUUGAUUGAUAUCAA